CUCUAGACUGCCCAUUGUCUCGUCGGAGAAAUAGUCUCAGAUAUAAAAUCCAUAUUUUGCUGCCCGCCAUGCCCAUCCUCUACAACCCCCAAACGCAAGAGCCGUACCUGCGCCUCCCGGCACCGCUCAGCCACAUCAUCCUCACCCCGCACCGACUGCACCAACUCGAGGAGACCAUCGCCGACAAAGUCCCGCUCCUCAAUGACCCGCGCAUCUACCUCAAUCUGACUGGCCCCCCGUACCCCUAUCUGCGCGAGCAUGAAGAAGCAUGGGUCAAAUCCAAAUGCGCGGCCGCUGAGCCGGUCCUUCGGGCUUUACGCGCCGAAUUCCAGACGUCGGUUCCGCAGCAAGAGUACUUUGACCUGUGUCCCUUCACGGUCAUUCGGGAAGUCACAGAAGAGGACCCACAGACGGGCCAUCCAAAACAGGAUGUCUUGAUUGGGGACAUUGAGAUCGCGCGGUACAUGUUCUACGAGUAUCGCCACGACAGUCCGGAACGAGCUGAGGCGCAGCGUCUGAAUAAUGAGCUGCCGCCGGGGGAUGAGGGAAUUGCGUGGGGGAUUGGCUACUUCCUGGCACCGUCUCAUCACGGCCGAGGAAUCAUGACUCUGGUCCUGCGGACGCUGAUCCAGGACUGGGGAGUCCCGCGGAUGAACACCAAGCGACUCAUGGCGUCGGCGUUUGUCGAAAAUGUCGGGAGUCUCCGUGUCUUCGAGAAGAAUGGUUUCGAGGUGCUCUGCACCUUGGAAGACUGGGCGCCCUACCCGGAGAACCGAGGCGGGGGGUGGAAGUCGCUUACCGUUGUUAAGUGGCGGGGUUUCUGAGAAAUUGCCAGCGUGUCUUAUUUGUUUCCGUUGUAUAUUGCUUGGAGCGUGCUUCAUCACUGCUAAUUGGCGAUGAUUAAAGUCCAUCAAGUCUUCAAGCUUUCAGAAUUUAUGUGACCUUUCUGGUACGUUUUACAUAAGGUUAUACCCCAGACUGUAUAUACAAUCAAAUGCGGUGGGAAGAUGACUCAACUGCAAUGGCGGCUAGUCACUGUACUGUAUGAACGGUUAUCAGUUUACCCUAUCAUAUAGACCCGUACAGCGGAAAUUUGUACUUCUGG